UUCCACACAGAGGACGGGCCGGAGAGUCACUAUAGUCUAUGAAGAUGGAAAGAGGAAGACUGACCGAGACAGAUGGAUGAAGAGUGUCAUCUAGACAUGCUGGGACUGAUGAUUCUCUGCUCGCUGCUCACAGGCACCAGUGGAGACACACAUCUCCAUGUGUUCAGCAGUGAUGGUGAGAGCGUCAGUCUGCCCUGUGUCAAUGCUCUUACUGGCUGCACAUCAACUACAUGGAUGUAUAAUAGAAUCCGUUUAGUGACAGUUGUAUUAUUUAAAGAAGGGAUGAAGAAUAAUGAUACAGAGAGACGUGAGAGGCUGAGUCUGGGGUCUGACUGCUCUCUGAACAUCUAUAACGCCACAACUGAAGAUCAUGGACGUUACACCUGUAGGCAAUAUGUGAAUACACAGAGACACACUGAUGACAGUGUUAAUCUGCAUGUUCUUCGUGUCUCUCCAUCAUCCACACAGACUGAGAUUAGACCUGGACGCUCGUUCUCUCUCUCCUGUCAGUUGUAUGUACAUGAUGGAUAUAGUUGUGUUGACCUCUUCUAUAAUGAGGGAAUUAAACUGGUCUGGAAGAAUGAGGCUGAUGUGGAUCUGCAGUCAGACUCCAGAUAUCAGAUCUCAUUCUCUCCUGAACACUGUAACAGUUCUCUGACUACAACACUCCUCAAUGAAGACGACAACACAGAGUGGAGAUGUGCGAUUACUAAAGGAACUAAAGUCCAGACCUCAGUCAGAUAUACUGUCACGUACUUGGGUAAGAAAACAAAUACGAUUUCUCUCCCACCUCGAAUGACACACAAAGACAUCUUUGUGAGUCCUGCUGUAACUGCUGUAGCGGCUCUCCUGCCUCUCCUGGCUCUCCUGGCUCUUAUUGCUCUUUGGUUCAUCUGUAAAAAAAGAGCCGAUAAGGCAGUGAUCAGCAGAUUGACCCCGGUGACCCCUCCAGCUGCUGAUGUCCAUGAGAACACAGAUGAUGUGGCGUAUGCUGAGGUCAUUAUUUCCAGGAACAAGUGCACUGAAAGACCCAAUGUUCAGUCUGAUGAUAAAGUGACAUAUGCUGCCAUCGGACGAGCAAAAGCUGGAGGCCAGGAGGAAGGUCUGCUGAAACCCGUGUGAUCGACAAUCUGCUCAAAUUAUUCACAACGAAUAAGUUAUAGAAUGCUUUUGAGAUGUGAAUUACAACCCGAUUUCCAGAAAAGUUGGGGGACAUUUUAUAACAUGCAAUAACAUCUAUAAUCUAUAAUCUUUUCACUUUUAUUUUGCUUCUGUCCCAAUAGGAGUGUGUGGCAGCCAUCAUGUUUAUAUUUACAAAAUACACUCAAGUUGGUCAGUGGAAACAUUGUAAAUAUUUUCUUUGUACAUUUUCCAGUUAAAUAAAGGUUAAAGAGAAUUGACAAAUCACAUACUCUUGAUUUUAUUGCAUUUUACAACUUUUCUGGAAAUGGGGUUGUAAAAGAAGACUUUAACAUGUAACUGUAACUGUAAUAUGCAUGUUCUGUUUCAUUGUGUGAGCUAGUUUCCAGUUUGUUCCUUUGAUCAUUGUAUUCAGUUCACCUGGUGUUCAUUAAUUAGUUUAUUAGUUCCCUUUGUUUGCUCCAUGUAUUUAUACCGUGUUCUCCCUCAUUCUCGUCAAUGUUAAGUCGUGUUAGUUUGUUUUUUCUCUCUUAUCUCCUGAGCUUGUUAUUAAAGACUAUUUUUCUUA